GACCCAAAACUAGCCGUAAAAUUUGAAUUCUCGCCGAAAAUCGCGAAAUUUCGACAGUUUUUCAUUUUUCACCCAUUUCGGCGAGCAAAACCCAAAACCAACUUCAUACCCCUUCUCCCCUCAUCAAAACCGACCUGUGCUGCGAUUUUGGGGAGAUUUGGGGCAAGUUUUCCCGGUCAAGUUGGUGGCGGCGAGUCUCCGACGAAGCUCCGGCGACCCCUCUCAGACCUAUUUUUUGGCCAUUUUUCGCCUUCCUCGCCCGCACCUCACUUCCUCCUAUGUCAUACUUGCGUCUCCAGGUUGAUUUUUCACCUCUACCUUGUUAAUUUUGGGAUAAUCGGAUUAGGUAGGGAAGUGAGGAUGAUUUUGAUGAUUUGAAUGUUGAACCUAGAAUUAGGACGAGAAAUUAGGUGAAUUAGAUUGAUUGAAUGGUGGAAUGUUGAUAGACCAUUGAUUGCACGUAUUUUUACCUCCAUUCUUGAGCCGCUUGAGAUGUUGAUUCUCGUGUUUUAAGGCGAUUUCACGCUAGGUUGUGUGUUUAUGUCAUAUUUCAGUGCUUGGCGUUGAUGUUAAGGAGAAGGAACGAGUUUCGGGUCAAAAGGGGGACGUUUGAGUUGAAGGGUGCUGGAGGAGCAAAAUACCCGGCCAUGAGCAAUAAUACCUGGCCGGUUAUAAUUCUGAGGAGGUCGGGGAAAAUAGUUUUUGGGCGCCCAAAAGGCAGAAGGAGUUCCGGCCAGAGGGCAAAAAUACCUGAUCGGGUAUUCUGGACCUCGAUCGGGUAUUAAGGCCUUCACCGCUGCGCUGCGUUUCGAAAUCCCCGACCGGGCACCUGAAAUACCCGACCGGGGAUUAUGGCUGAGGAUCGCGAGCAGCUGACUUUUAAGGGAAAGAAGGCCAGUUUUGAGAGGGUUCCAAGUUUUAGAGAAAGAAAGUGAUACCUAGAGAGAGAAAGCGAUGAACCAGAGUUCCCAAAUGCCUUAGAUCGAUCUUCAUCAACAGUGGAGCCCGGAUAACGCUUGGAGAAGUGCCUAUGACGACCAGAAGCAUAACCUCAUUCUUCACUGCAUGUUUUCUUCUUCUGAGCUAGAGUUUGCUUCUCUCUCCAUGGAGUAACUUCCACAUUCACCUGGGUAUGAAGAACCCUAGAUUCGUAUGCUAGGUCUGAUUGUAUGAACUCAAGUAUGAAUCCACUGCUUUGAUUAUAUUCAAUUGAGGUCUGAUUUGUUGUAUGGCAUGAAUCUUGAUCAAAUUCCGGUUAUUUCUGCUUUGACCUAGAAAGAGAAUAUCUGCCUAGGUUGAUAGAGCACCCAUGAUUGAAGGUAGUGAAUUGACGACUUUAGUCGAGGAGUCAAUUCACUAUUCUGUACCGGAUUUACUCCGGUAGAGGAGGUUUGGUUCGUUAGGGCCUCAAUUUGUUUACUUUGGUGGAGGUAAGUCGCCCGUUGGGGACUCAGAUUGAGAGGGUCUGGAGACCUUUAGUCGAGACUGCAGAUUGUUUAAGAACCUCCCGCAGUAUAACUAUCUUUGAAUUCAAACUUGGUAAAUUACAAUCUGGCUUAACUGCAGUCUAGGGGGAACCAUAUCCGGGUGACCUCUCUCAACUUGAAAACAACCUUUUACAGUUUUGCUUGUUUGUUUACUUGGACCUUCACUACAUUUUCACUGCUAAAUAAUAAGAAUUCACGGAGUAGUCAUCACACUUAGGACCCGGGUUGACAUUAAAACCCAAACCCGCUAUACAACGCACUAGUAGGUGGUUGCACUUGGCCAUUUUCUAGUGUGACGGUAAAGGCGAGUCAAGUUUUUUGGCCCCAUUGUCAGGGUUGGCUAGGUUGUUGAAGAAACGUGAUUUUUGUUACUUUAGCAUUUCGAUUUCCGCAUUGACUGUUUGAUUUUUCCCACUUGUGCCUUCAUGGGUUUGCUUGCUUGACUGUGUGCAGGUAGUGCAUGACCCGUAGCCAGUCGGGAGAUUAACUACCAUUGGAUCCGGAGCUAGAACGCACCUUUCACCAACUAAGGAGACAACAGCGAGCAAGAAUGGCUACGGAGGAGCGCAUCGACGGCCACUUGAGCAGCGAUUCUGAGGAAGAGUACGAGAUGGACGGUGCGCAAAACCUGCCCCAUGGGAUGCCUCUCAAGGUUUACCCAGUGAAUCAGAUCCUGGGGAACAACCCAAUACCCCAGGCAGAUGGGGUUCAACAUCAACCACCACCGUGGGGUCCUACUAUGGAGUACUACUACACUCCACGGGUCGCCGACAUCCGCCUCGUCAUCCUCUAUCCGCCCAUUCCCGCGAACAACUUCGAGAUCAAGCCAUGAUGGAUUCAACUGAUUACAUCUUCCAUCCAGUUCCAUGGCUUGGAGGAUGAGGAGGCAAGGGUGCACCUUUCCCGGUUCCUGCAGCUGACAAACAGGUUCAAGAUGAAUGGUGUACCCGAUGAUGUGAUCCGUCUUCACCUCUUUUCCCAUUCUCUGGCGGGGCAUGCGAAGAGGUGGUUAGAGACCCAGCCCCCACUAUCCAUCACAUCGGGGGACAAUCUGGCCAACAAGUUCGUGAACAAGUAUUAUCCAGCAUCGAAGACUACAGAGAUUCAGCGGGAGAUCACUCAUUUCCGCUAAGAGCCAGAUGACUCACUUCGUGAUGCAUGGGAGCGGUACUCGAGAUUUUUUCUGGUAGUGUCCCCAUCAUGGCUUCAGUGAUGCAUUCACCAUGGGGAACUUCUGUAGUGCUCUCUCUCCAUAAAGCCAGAGGGUGAUU